CGUCGGUUGUGGUUGUGACAGCGCAGUGGGCGGGAUUUUACCUCCGAUCAGGGGAGAGAGUCUAGUCUUUGGUGAGACUGAGGGGGAGUUACAGAGAGAAAGGGAUCUGGGGUGCUCUUCAGAGAACGGAAUCUGCAUGCAUGGUGAUCUCCGCCUCUGUGGGUGAUCCUCAGUCACCAUGAAAGACUAGGAACUCAGCUCUCCAAGGGGAAAUGGCUUGUUUUGUAAUAUCCCUGCCCUGCUACCUGCCGUAUGACUCCAGCUGCCUCUGAAGGGCCCAUCAGCUGUUUAUGGGAACUACCACUGUGUUUGCACUCUUGAGGAUUUAAGCUUUUCCAGGACAACUCUUUCUUCUUCUUUUUUUUUUUUUUUUUACCCCCACUGUUGAGCCGAAGCAGCAACGCUUUGCAGUAGAGUGGUGAGACGGCGAGACAAUGGCGAACAACUCAUACAGUGGGGUGAAGAACUCCAUGGUGGAGGCCAACCACGAUGGAGAGUUUGGCUGCACGCUCAAAGACCUGCGCUCCCUUAUGGAACUGAGAGGCGCAGAGGCAAUAAGCAAAAUUGGGGAAUCUUACGAGGAUACUCAAGGACUCUGCAACCGGUUAAAAACAUCACCUAUAGAUGGUCUAAGUGGGCAGCCUGCAGACAUCGAGAAGCGGAAAACAGUGUUUGGGGAAAAUCUUAUACCGCCCAAAAAGCCCAAAACUUUCUUACAGUUAGUGUGGGAGGCGCUACAGGAUGUCACGCUGAUUAUCCUAGAAGUGGCAGCCAUAGUUUCACUAGGCCUUUCUUUUUAUAAACCUCCAGAUGCCGAAAGAGAAAACUGUGGAAGGGCUGCUGGCGGUGUGGAGGAUGAAAAUGAAUCAGAAGCGGGCUGGAUCGAGGGUGCCGCCAUUCUUCUGUCAGUUGUCUGUGUGGUGCUGGUGACAGCAUUCAACGACUGGAGUAAAGAGAAGCAAUUUAGGGGCCUCCAGAGUCGUAUUGAGCAGGAGCAGAAAUUUACUGUCGUCCGUGGAGGACAAGUUAUCCAAAUUCCUGUGGCUGAGAUCGUGGUCGGUGACGUUGCACAAGUAAAAUAUGGUGACCUUUUGCCUGCCGACGGAGUCCUCAUCCAAGGCAACGAUCUGAAGAUCGAUGAGAGCUCACUCACGGGAGAGUCGGACCAUGUCAAGAAAACACAAGAAAAAGAUCCAAUGCUGUUAUCAGGCACCCAUGUAAUGGAAGGCUCAGGGAAAAUGCUGGUCACUGCUGUGGGUGUCAACUCUCAAACUGGAAUUAUCUUCACUUUACUCGGGAGUGCAGAGGAUGAUGAGGAAGACGAAGAGGAAAAGAAAAAAGAAAAGGAGGAGAAGAAGAAACAGAGAAAAAACAAGAAGCAGGAUGCAUCUGUGGAAAAUCGAAAGAAAGCUAAAGCACAGGAUGGUGCUGCAAUGGAAAUGCAGCCUCUGAACAGUGAUGAAGGAGCUGAUGCAGAGGAGAAGAAGAAAUCCAACCUGCCAAAGAAAGAAAAGUCUGUUCUCCAGGGCAAACUGACCAAACUAGCUGUACAGAUUGGCAAAGCGGGACUGGUCAUGUCAGCCAUCACUGUUAUUAUCCUGGUGGUGCUGUUUGUAGUAGACACCUUCUGGAUCCAGGGUCUGUCCUGGGUCAAGGAAUGCACACCCAUUUACAUUCAGUUCUUUGUGAAAUUCUUCAUCAUUGGCGUCACUGUUCUGGUGGUUGCUGUUCCAGAGGGCCUGCCACUUGCUGUAACAAUCUCUCUGGCAUACUCCGUUAAGAAAAUGAUGAAAGACAACAAUCUGGUGCGUCACUUGGAUGCCUGUGAGACUAUGGGAAAUGCUACUGCCAUCUGCUCUGACAAGACUGGUACGCUCACCAUGAACCGCAUGACUGUGGUGCAGGCCUUCGUCGCUGAAAAGCACUACAAGAAGGUCCCUGAACCGGAGAACAUCCCCUCCUCCAUUUUAGACAUCUUGAUUCUUGGCAUCGCAGUCAAUUGCGCCUACACUACUAAGAUCAUGCCUCCAGAGAAAGAAGGGGGCCUGCCACGGCAGGUAGGCAACAAGACCGAAUGUGCCUUGCUUGGCUUUUCUAAUGACCUGAAGCGUGACUACCAGGCUAUUCGCACCGAGAUCCCCGAAGAGAAAUUGUACAAAGUCUACACCUUCAACUCAGUCCGCAAGUCUAUGAGCACUGUGUUGAAGAUGGCUGAUGGCAGCUACCGUAUGUUCAGCAAAGGGGCCUCGGAAAUUCUCCUAAAAAAGUGUUCUAAAAUCCUGACUGCAAAUGGUGAGUCCAAGGUGUUUCGCCCACGGGACAGAGAUGACAUGGUUAAGAAAGUGAUCGAGCCCAUGGCCUCGGAGGGCCUGAGGACCAUCUGCCUUGCAUACAGAGAUUUCCCUGCCUCUGAGGGUGAGCCUGACUGGAACAGCGAAAAUGAUAUCCUCACCGGACUAACCUGCCUGUCUGUGGUGGGCAUUGAAGACCCCGUGAGACUUGAGGUUCCAGACGCUAUCAAGAAAUGCCAGCGUGCCGGCAUUACAGUGCGGAUGGUGACUGGGGACAACAUCAACACAGCUCGAGCCAUUGCCACAAAGUGUGGCAUUCUGCUGCCCGGAGAUGACUUCAUCUGCCUGGAGGGCAAAGAGUUCAACCGAAGGAUACGCAAUGAAAAAGGAGAGAUUGAACAAGAGCGCAUUGACAAGAUCUGGCCCAAACUACGAGUACUGGCUCGCUCCUCCCCCACAGACAAGCACACCUUAGUGAAAGGUAUUAUUGACAGCACAGUGUUAGAACAGAGACAAGUAGUAGCAGUGACAGGAGAUGGUACCAACGAUGGUCCUGCCUUGAAGAAAGCUGAUGUUGGCUUUGCUAUGGGUAUUGCCGGCACAGAUGUAGCCAAAGAGGCAUCUGACAUCAUUCUGACCGAUGACAAUUUUUCCAGCAUCGUCAAAGCUGUCAUGUGGGGACGCAACGUCUACGACAGCAUCUCUAAGUUCCUCCAGUUUCAGCUCACUGUCAAUGUGGUGGCUGUCAUCGUAGCAUUUACAGGAGCCUGCAUCACACAGGACUCCCCACUGAAAGCGGUGCAGAUGUUAUGGGUCAACCUCAUCAUGGACACCUUUGCUUCACUAGCCCUGGCCACUGAGCCCCCCACAGAAGCUCUGCUGCUAAGGAAGCCAUACGGCCGCAACAAGCCUCUCAUUUCCCGUACCAUGAUGAAGAACAUCCUGGGCCAAGGAGUGUACCAGCUAAUUAUCAUCUUUACUCUGCUCUUUGCCGGAGAGAAAUUGUUUGACAUUGACAGUGGCAGGAAUACACCCCUCCAUGCCCCACCCUCUGAACACUACACCAUUGUCUUCAAUACCUUCGUAUUGAUGCAGCUUUUCAACGAGAUCAAUGCCCGCAAGAUCCAUGGUGAAAGGAAUGUCUUUGAAGGCAUCUUCAACAACCUUAUCUUCUGUAGUAUUGUCUUUGGUACCUUCAUUAUCCAGAUCGUCAUAGUGCAGUUCGGAGGGAAGCCGUUCAGCUGCGUGUCUCUGACAAUCGACCAGUGGCUAUGGUGCACGUUUUUAGGCUUUGGCUCUCUACUAUGGGGACAGGUAAUCUCCACGGUACCCACCAGCCGCUUAAAAUUCUUGAAAACGGCGGGCCAUGGCACCCAGAAAGAGGAGAUCCCGGAUUACGAGCUGGAGGAGCUGGAUGACAUGGAUGAAAUUGACCACGCCGAACGGGAGCUUCGCCGGGGCCAGAUCCUCUGGUUCCGAGGCCUCAAUCGCAUCCAGACUCAGAUGGAUGUAGUGAGUGCGUUCCAGAGUGGAACUUCCUUUCAGGGGGCUCUAAGGCGGCAGGCCUCCAACUCCAGCCAACAACAGCACGAUAUCCGGGUGGUGAAUGCAUUCCGCAGCUCCAUCUCCCUCUAUGAGGGGCUGGAGAAGCCCGAGUCGCGAUCAUCAAUCCACAACUUCAUGACCCACCCCGAAUUUCGGAUAGAGGACUCUGAGCCCCAUAUUCCCCUCAUAGACGACACCGACGCAGAGGACGACGCCCCCACCAAGCGCAACUCCGCCAGCCCCCGCAACACCACGCCCACGCCUCCCUCACCCACGCCCGCCACCGCCGCCCCCACUGCGCCGGUCUCUCCCUCCCCAAACCAGAACAAUAACGCUGUGGAGAGCAGUAACCACCUCCUCCCAGAGGGCCCCAAAUCAGGAACCCCCUCGGCCCCAGGGAGCCCGCUACACAGCCUGGAGACCUCCCUUUGAUCUGACCCCGCUCCACCACUUUUCUGCCCGCCACCAAGGAGCUCAACUCAAACAAAAACGAACGUACACUUGGAGAGGAGAGACAGAGGGCUAGAAGGAGAACGGAGUCUUGUGUGAGCUUGACUUGGGCUGGACUAAAAGAACAGCAAACAUUCAGAGGAAUGUACGGCUUGGUGUGGAUGCUUUGGUCUUCUUUUAUUUUUGGUUCUUAUUAAUACCCCACUGCAACACAAGGACUCUGUCUCCACCCCUCCCUCCUUGGUAACUUUUUGUUUUUCUCGGUAAACAAGGGGUGAUUAUAAACUCAGAUUGAAAGUGACCUGUUUUUAUUAUUCUAUUGUUAUUAUUAUUUUAAUUGAGAAGGGGAGGUCCUCCUCCUGGCUUGAAGAUCGUCUGUAAGAUUUAUGAAAGAACCUUUAGCUUCUCUUUUAUCUGAAUGGUGUUGUAUAUUUAUCUCUUUGGCCCUUGCUCAUUCAAAACUUAUUUCUGCUCCAUUGGCUGUUAAUAUUUUGAGUUAUUUAUGUUUUUGGAAAAAGCAGGUCUGUUUACAAAGUUUGUAGAUACUUUUUUUCUGUUUGUAGGCAAAAGAGCUUCCUGAUGUAUGAUGCAGAAAACUGGGACAGAAUAAAAAAAUGAAUGAGAGGAUUAUUUCAGAUACUGCUGUAUUUUCAGGAAAAAAGGGUGUUUCUAUUGAAACUUAACUAUUUUUGCCUGCAAGUUUUAUUUGUUAUAUAUUUGUAGAUAAAUGUAGAACCUUCUAGCCAAACCGAUAAACACUAAGGCUUGUAUAGAAAAGAGGUCCACGGGGCGAGGUGUUUUCACAGGAGACGGGGACGGGAAAGACGAUUAGGGCCUCUGUCCACUAACAUUGCUAUAAAUAUUUACUUCUUCCAUUUCUUCGAUAGUUUUCAUGUGCACAAAACCUUCUGGAGUUCUGGAUUCUCUUUUCAUUCAUUAUGUUGUGUUCAAGGAUUUCCACAUGUUGAAAGGUUCACUCGUUUAAAGGGAGUAUAUAUAUAUCUUUGGGCCCGUAUUUAGCAAGCAUCUCAGGAUGACACCUGGAAUCAUGCUGAAAGUCUUACCUCAGAGUCGGGCAUGAGGGUCCUUAUGAGGUCUCCUGCAGUCACUUUCAGCAGGAAGGUUUUUUGGGGGGUUUUACAACAAUCUUUUUAAAAUAGAAACAUCUUGUAGUAAAUAUUGGUUACAUUUAAAAAAAAAAGGCAGAUCCUGAUUAUUUGAAGCAGGGGGAAAAAAAGAAAUUGGCUACUGUUGUGGGUGUGUGACAAGCUAAUGUUUGCACAUUCAGUCUAAAAAUUAGUUUUUGCCAAAACUCAUAAAAUCACUAAAAUGACUUUGCAGCUUUUUCUUAUGACGACUUGAGUUCAUAUUAGCGCUUUGUUGUGGGGUAUCCAGCCAGUGCGCCCUAUUUAUUUUUCAACAAUUAGAUCAAAUAGACGAAACGUGAAUGUGCCUUGGCUACAAUAACAAUUUAGAUGACGCUUUGUCCCAUCGUUUGCCAUCUGCAGGCAACUGUUACUCCUACAGCUAAACGUAGGACCGAAGAAGCCUCAUUCUGAAAAUCCUGGGCCGGUUAUGACAGAGUUUCUCUCCCUGGAUGCUUGAUAAAUAUGGAUCCUGGUUAUCAUUUGUGAAAUAUUGGUGCAUUUUUUAUUUAUUUUUUUCAGCAAAACAUUAGCACCCCCCCCCCCACCAAUGUACAAUAUUAACAUUCGUUUACUCAGGCAUAGAAAAAGUAUUUAAUUUAAAAGGAAUCUAUAAAGAAACAACCUUUUAACUUCAGACUUUGUGUAUUUAGAUAGUAAAACAAUGUCUUGGUCAAAAAGCAAGUGAAUUAUUUUCAUAUUUCAUUCAAUCUUUAAGAUCACGCCUUAGGAAAAAACUUAAUUUUACUCCUCCGAUUUCUGGUUUGUUGACAUUUUAAAAAUCAAAAAUGUGGGGAAAGGCUUUUUUUUUUUUUCCUUUUUUUUUUUUUACCCUGUCCAUAAGACUCCUUUCAUCAUGAAUAAAUGUUGCUGCAUUUGAUUUGUUUGUAAAAUAUUUUUGACACCUGAUGUACUGGAAACGCUAAAGAAUUGGAUGUGCAUUUUUUCAAGAAUAAAGACUAGGCAUACACUGGUAUCUAUCUGCACAGGGUACUUUAUUUCAUAGCGUUCCUUGGGGAAAAAUGAAUUUUGAUACAAAAGCAUAAUUAAAAAAGUGUACCUUUGUAUUUUUAUGACAAUACUGAUGAUACCUUUCAUCGUACUAAACCAAUUUUGGAUGAUUUGACACCAAUCACGUUAUAUGGGGAGGGUUUUGGCCACUAAAAAUGUGUGUUGUUCUGGAAUAUUCAUCUCAGGGUGCAAACGGUGUGAAAGAGAACAGGCCUCUUUUUAGUUUGUAUAUUACCACACUUAAUUCAAUGUUUGGGACGUUUGCUUGUCAACCACACGGGAUGACUCGGGCAGCAGGCUGCAGAUUCUUCCUGCAGCCUUCUGGCCGUCUUCACCUGAACGGCCUCGGACAGGGGAAUGAAGUGCAGAUGUUAAAUCACAACGUUCUCUGAGGAAAUGGUUUGUUUUCCUUGUUUUACAGAUGACAAAAUAGCAGCUAGGGUUGCGUACAAAGUGAGAAAUUGAAAAGACAAGCGGAAUCCACAUGAGGAGUUUGUUCUGUAGCUUCUUCCUGUAAUGGGAAUGAAUGUUUUUUUUUCCAUCUGUUUUAUGGAUUAUUAUUUUUUUAUCUUUUAACAUUUGGAAAUAAAAGUACUUCAUGUCUGUUUAUCUUGAGCAUUUUAAAUGGAUAUCGUGAUUGGAUUUACAUUUGAAACUUGUCGAGUAAUGUGUAUGGUUUUUAAAAAUAAAAAAUGUAUUUAGCCUAA